AUGGUCAUUCGAGGAGGUCGUGCUGGUGGUGCUGCUGCUGCUGGUGGUGCAAAGGCAGCUGGUGGCGCAAAAGCAGCUUUUGCUAUGUUUCAACAAAAAGAUAUUGAUGCUGGUGGAACAGGAAAAGCUAGCAGUGAACAAGGUACUGGUGCACCAACAAAUCCAGCAAGUAUAAAAGAGCGUCUUCUUGUAUGGUGUCAACAAACUACUAAAGGUUAUAAACAUGUCAAUGUAACAAAUUUUUCAUCGUCAUGGGCAGAUGGUAUGGCUUUUUGUGCUCUUAUACAUCAUUAUUUACCUAAUGCAAUUAAUUAUGAUUCUCUUAAUCCAAAAGAUAGAAGAAAAAAUUUUGAAAUAGCUUUUAAAGCCGCUGACGAUAAUGGAUGUGCACCAUUACUUGAAGUCAAUGAUAUGAUUGAAAUGGGUGAUAAACCUGAUUGGAAAUGUGUAUUUACAUAUAUUCAAUCACUCUACAAACAUUUUGUUAUGAUGCCUCAAGCAAUGGCAGCUAGAGCGGCAGAACAAGCCGCUGGUCGCUAA